GGUUGUCACUUUGCAGACUGGCUUAAGGCCACACGGGUGAUCCCGAUUGGUGCACGAAAGGCCUGGCGGACUCUGCAUUCUCCUGGAUGUUCUGGGGACCUAAGACUAGGGCAAAUGAGGAUGGUACUCGCAGUUGCCCGAUUCUAACCGUGGCUCAGCACACGUCGGCACUGCAAGCCCCAGCCCUGCCUCCUAGCCUCAGUUUCCCCCGUUGGCUCGUAGGCGGCAGCUGAAACCGUUAGGGUUGUGCCGAAGCCACGAACUCUCCAUCCCCCAGCCGCAGCCCGCCAGCAGUCCUCUGGGCGUACAACGCCCUUCUCUGACCGGGAAACUGAGGCCCAGGCGGGCUGCGCGAGGCCGUGGGCGGGGACGGGCUAUGCCCAGGUCUCUCGCCCGACGUGCCCCGCCCCCACUGCAGAUUCCGGUGGCGGCAACCUGGUCGCUGACAGAUCCUGCGCGGAGAUGGAUGGCCUUUGAGGAUGUGGCUGUGUACUUCUCCCAGGAGGAGUGGAUGUUCCUGAAUGCCGCCCAGAGGGCCCUGUACCGCCACGUAAUGCUGGAAAACUUCGCACUUGUAGACUCCAUAGGACCUUCUGUCUCCCGGCCUCGUGUGAUCAUCCAACUCCAGCGUGGCGAGGAACCCUGGGUUCCCAACAGGACAAAUACAGGCCCAGGCAGGGGUACUCACAGGAGAUCCAGCCUUGGAUCCAAUUAUAGUGCAAGAGACAGACAUGUGUCUGGAACACCUCCAGGGGCCACCUGUGACAGGCCUGAUAGGAUACCUACUGGUCUCCUUCCUCCUGCUGGUGCCUACCCGGAUGCAAAAAUUCUGGAGGGACACCAAAGUGCCUGCCCAUCUCUACAGACAAAACCCACAGGGGUAUCAGUGAUUUACUGGGAGCAGCUACUGCUAGGUUCCAGCAACAGUGAAGCAACUGUCAGCCUGCGACUGACUUCCCCAGUAGGGGUUCCUGAAAAUGGUUCGUCUAGAGUGAAGGCCUUCUCUGACUUUCUGGCCCCAGGGACGCGGCCACGGGUAGCAGGGCCGCAAAAGCCAGAGAUGCAGCCAACCCCUGGGAAAACUUUCCAAAGCAUUGCAGAUCUCCAUGGGGCAGAGGAGGGACGUGGGAUGAGUGAGGCUUGGCAUGAGUCUCAGGGAGACCCCAAUGUUCCAGAAGCCCGGAUAUGGGAUGAGCUGGGAGAGGCCCUCCAGGCCGGCCCAGGUCUUCUCUCUGGGGAAAAAACUUUCGAAUGUAGGGCAUGCAACAAAGUGUUCGUGAAGAGCUCAGACCUCCUCAAACAUCUGCGUACUCAUACCGGAGAGCGGCCUUAUGAGUGCGCCCAGUGCGGCAAGGCCUUCAGUCAGACAUCUCACCUGACUCAGCACCAGCGCAUCCAUAGCGGUGAGACGCCCUAUGUGUGCAUGGUGUGCAGAAAGGCCUUCCGACACAGCUCCUCACUGGUGCGCCAUCAGCGCAUCCACACGGUCGAGAAGUCAUUCCACUGCAACGAGUGUGGUAAGGCCUUCAGCCACGGCUCCAACCUCAGUCAGCACCUAAAGAUCCAUGCAGGAGGGCGGCCCUAUGCCUGCGCACAGUGUGGCCGCCGCUUCUGCCGCAACUCACAUCUUAUUCAGCACGAGCGCACGCACACCGGCGAGAAGCCCUAUGCCUGCUCCCUCUGUGGUGCAACCUUUAGUCAAGGCUCCUCUCUCUUCAAGCACCAGCGCGUGCACACUGGAGAGAAGCCUUUCUCUUGUCCACAGUGUGGCCGUGCCUUCAGUCACAGCUCCAACCUCACACAGCAUCAGCUGCUGCACACUGGCGAACGACCCUUCCGCUGCGGCGACUGUGGCAAGGCCUUUGCCAAGGGCGCAGUGUUGCUCAGCCACAGGCGCAUUCACACGGGUGAAAAGCCCUUCGUGUGCACGCAGUGUGGCCGUGCUUUCCGUGAGCGCCCAGCCCUCUUCCAUCACCAAAGGAUCCACACAGGAGAGAAGGCUCUGCGGGGGUCCAGGGGCAGCACACACCCCCAGGCUAGGUCUCUUGGGGCAUCCUUAGAUGGUGCACCUCCAAAGGCCACUUCUACCAUAGACCCACCAGCAGUCCCAAAGAUAGCUGAGGCCUAAGGUCACAGCUGUGCCCUUCUCUGGAAUCCCUUUCACUCACUGUGGAAGAGCCUGUGUUCUCAGCAAAUCCACUGUGUGUGAGCCAGGUACGAGGAAGACUUGCCAGUCAGUUACAUUUACAGCUAUAUCCUAAAAGAAGCUGUCCUUGAGAGGAAUCCAUAGAAUGCAUGACUUCCACCACCACCACCCCCGUGGAGUGGGCAGGGACUGACCCCUGAACUAGUGUGUGACCGUCAGACUUUUAUCUUCAUGGUGAUGCCACUUCAAUAUUUCCUGACUGUGGCUAUACAAACAGGAAAAGAGCCCGCAGUAGGCGGGAACUCUCAGAGUAGCAGCUGGAGACACCACCCCAGUGCGUUCCAUUUCUUUGGUGCAAGCCUCAGGCAAACAAAUGGUUUGUUUCUGUGCCUCAGCUUUCUCCUCUGGGAAAUGAAGAGGGAAGGAGAUCUGGACCAGUGGAGGAUGAUGCUAUAAAAUAUGCUAGCAGCUGGAUACUGUGACACAUGACUUUAAACUUGGGGAGGCAGAGGCAGGCAUGUCUCUUCUGAGUGGAAGGGCAGCCUGAUCUUCAGAGUGAGUUCCAGGUCUCAAUCAGAGUUACACAGUGAAACCCUGUCUAAACAAAGAGUAAAGUCCAAGUAGACUCACAGCCAGCCACGUGCUGGGUGCUGCCCAGUGAGCAGCUUGUGGGCCUUGUAUUGAUGUCUCCGCUUCGAACGAGAAAACUCAGGUGGCACAGGAGAGUUAGUGUGGCCUAGAGCACACAGCAGAACCAGGGUUGAACUCAGGUGUACUUCUCCAGUCUCCAUCCAGGCUCCCUUCCCUCUAGUCUACCAGGCUCAAAGGGCUGGCAUAACCCAUCAGUAGGAAAUGGAAGCCUGAAAGGAAGGUGUGGCCCUCAACUCUGAAAGACAGGUCAGAAAUGCUGGCUCCUCGCCGGCGGGCAUUCAUCCCCAUCCUCACCCGAGCCUGUCAUCAGCCACUACCAAAGCCAUGCUAUAUGAGCCCUUAUGUCUGAAGUGGUGCUAGUAACUUGAGAGGAAAUGAGACAGGGCUGCUUAUUUUUGCUGGGCUUAACCAUCAUGCGCGCGCACACACACACACACACACACACACACACACACACACACACACACGUCCCAUCCCACACAUCUGAGCCCAAGGUAAAGAGCUGAGCAGGGAAGACUUGGCAUUUCCUAGGACUUCUCAGACCCCUCCCCUGACUCCCAGUGAUAAUGACUCUAAAUUGUGAGGGAGGGCUGGCCUUUAGCAGACCAGGUCCCGUGUGGACCUGAGGUCAUACCAACAGGGAAAUGAAUGCCAGUAUUGAAAAGUUAAAACAGAUAUAUACUGUAAUUUCUUACCUAGAUAUGAAAGUCCACAUCUCUUGACUCCAGGACAUGCCUCCUGGUUUUUAUUACUGUUGUUUAUAGUUCAUAAUUAUAUGUGUGGAUACAUGUAUGUAAGGGCAUGCAUGCAUGCAGAAGUCAAAGGACAAUUUUCAGGAAUCAGUUUUCUCCUUCCACCAUAUGGGUGCUGGGGGUGGAACUCAAGCUGUAAUGCUUCAUGGUACAAGCUUCUAACCUCUGAGCCAUCUUGUUGGCCCUGAUGUUGUUUUGUGCCAGGGUCUCAUAUAACCCAGGCUAGCC